ACAUAUGUCGACUCUGAAGCUGCCGGGCUCAUGUCUUCCUUUCUUGAAUAAGAGUUGUGCAAGAGAUCCUCACAGAUUCCCUUCAAAAUCCAACAGCUACAACAUACAACAAGACUUGUACAUUUAAUUCUUGAUUACUGUCUCACUCAGAUCAACCCUAGAACCGAGUUAAACUUUUUAAGUUUCCAACUCAGCUGGCUUCCCCAGACUCCCAUCCAGAAGGAAGCUUGCGAUUUCCUUAGUCGACGCUCAAACCCUUCACUGGCUUCUACAUAACCACCUCGGUCGACUUCUGCUGUAGGGCGCACAAUUAGGCUCAGACCCAAGAGAGAUCCAGACUGCUUCCGUCGAGGUUCGCUGCACUUUUUCAUCGUGCUCAUUCCCUCAUCUUCCCCGUACUUCCCUCCCCAGCAACACACACACACACACCUACAUAGCGGAGACUUAAACACUGCCAGCUGCACUCCACAUACUCCAUCGGCAUCCCCAACAAGCAUCGCAUUCGACACUCAUCAACCGCCUGCAAUCUCUUCAGCUGACUCGCAAUGGCUGAAGCCACACUCUCGCCGUUCCUGAACUCAGUCCUAGCACUCCGUCCACCCCUCGCCACUUCCACCCGGACCAACCUCGCUCCAUCCUUCCAACUCCUCCAGUCGAUCGUCAACUCCGUCUACGGUGCAAACGGAAUCCGUGGCCUCGAACCCGGCCUCUGGCGUGCCCAACUCAUUCGCACCACCAAUCGGGCCGCCCAGCUCAUCGAGGCCGUUUGGACAAAGCUCGGCGGAAAGGGUGGCGUCAUCCUCGACGACCAAGGCGAGGAUGGUAGAGGGGUCAUGCGUCUACAAGGCCUCUUUUCCGACAUUCAAAUGUUUGUCGGAUCUUUGACCACCCUACAGGACCCUCUCACCGCCAUUCUUCUCGACCCCAUCGCCUUCUCUCGCACCCAAGCCACCGUCACCACUCUCACCAAAAAACUUGCUUCCCUGGCUACCCAUUACGAGGUUGCGGAUUCGCUUCCUACUCCACUGGACCAAUGGCCGGAUGAAGACGUUGAAGACAAGGCCGAAGAUCUUAGUGCUCUGCCAUUACUGAUUGCCAAGAGUAGACCAACCAGAGCUGUAUUGAAAAAAUUCGAGGCCGACUGCGCUCAACGUGAACAAGCCGAGCUUCCUAAUCCCGAUCAACCAGAUCGAACAGCCGACCCGAAUGAUGCCUCCUCAAAGCCCUCCGCUGCUCCCCCACCCGCUGCGUCCUCCUUUGCAAGCUCUGGCCUCAGUUCUGCCAAGCGUCCCGAAUUUCUCAGAUUUGUCUACUCGCAAAACCCAAAUUUGAUAACCAACCACGAAAGUCUCGACACAGCCGUCGCUGCCGGCACUGCAGCCUUAUCAUCCAUGGUUCCCUCCAAGCCAAGUGUCCAAUCAAUUGGUAAAGGUCCUGCUGGGCCCAAGUCACGCAAAUCACUUGUCCAGCAAAGAAUCUCUUCAUUCGCAUCAUCGGGUGAUGCCCCUCCGCCCUUACCUGUCGCUGUGCCUAUCUCUCUCCCUGUCCGGCGGGUUGCCUCUGAUAAUCAGCAGAACCCGAGCGCCCGCAAGAGUUGGACGGUCGAUAUGAGUGGACUCAACGGUAUCCAAAGACAGUCGAGCCUAAGCAUCAGCAAACCGCCUUCUCUUUCCGGUCCCUCUCCUCAAAUAUCUGUUGCCGCUCCUCCAGUCAACUGGAAACCGUCGAUCAGUCGACCCGCCUCCAUCAAAAGUCGCUCAUCACUCAGCGGAGAGCCCUCCGACUUGAGCCCCAAACCAAAUGGCAUGGUUCAAAAAAAUUCUUCCGUCACCGAUGAGGCUUUACCGGCAGACUCUGAUAGUGCCUCACUAGCGGCACCAAAGCCCACGUUUGCCGAACAAGCAGCGGCAAUCGUUGCUGCUCGCAAGCAACGUACCAUCUCGCAAUCAUCUUCUUCAACGCUGAAUAAAGACCGGCUUCUUACCAAGAGCACCACCGAUGCGGUAUCAUCCACCGGCCUCCCAGUAACCCCUGAGAAUCCACCACCGCUUGAACUCCAAAAAUCAACCGACGCGACUACCUCUACUGCCCUGAAUCCCGUUUCGGAGCCCCCCUCGUCGCUCAAUUCACACGUUUCAGUGAACUCAACCGAUUCUUCCCUCUCAAUUUCAACGGACCAAUCCGCCUCAGCAGGCACCACUACCGUCACCAACAUCUCCCCACCAUCCUCAGACCUUCUCAGCCCCCGUGCCUUAUCCGAGUCGACCACUCCUUCCUCGAAGAUUGCUGCAGUGAGCGUACCUCCCACGAUUUUCCCAUCAUCCUCACCUGCCCCUGUGGUCACUCGGAUGAAUUCAAGCUCGUCUUCUAUACUUCCCUCCUCAUCACCCGCUCGUGUGGUCGCUCGGUUGAAUUCAAUCUCAUCUACGUCAUCACCAAAGCCACAAGCCAGUCCCUUAAGCCCACUGAGCGGUAAUAGUCUAUCAUCAAGUCCACCUGCUGCCAGCGUUCGCCGCCCAUCUUUGGCUCCCCCAGAACCUGAUUUAGACUUUGAGCUGGUCUCAGAUCUCAUCGAGCAUACUUCCAUGUUGGAUGUUAUUCUCGGCCCUACCACCGACGAUUCCGAGCCAGUCACAGUGCCAUCUUCGGUGAUGGUCGAGUCUGAUGAAACCGGAUCCAUUUCUGCUGGGCAAUCCAUUGAGUCCCACACAACUGAAUCAAUGAAUUCUAACCCGCAGACCUUAAGUACUUCUGCCAACGCGCCCGCGACUGAAGAGCUAUCUUUGGCAGAUUUAAUGAAGCAGGCAUCUAUGUUCGAGAGCUGGACGCCCGACCAGGAUCAGACAAGCACUCAAUCGGUGCAAAUCGUCAGCUCGCCCGAUCGCUCGAGUGCCCCAGCUGAAUAUGCAGCACCGGAUCCACUAUCGGCAUCUUUCAUUUCACCGCCUCUUUCACCUAUCCCGUCUCUCGCUUGCCGGCAUCCUAGCGCAUCAGAGACUGAGGAGAAAUCUUCUUCCGCAAAAGCGACUUCGCAACUCCCACAAAGACCUAGUCAUUUAGCCCUACAACCAGUCGACAAGCUAUCUGGCUCGUUGCCUGAAGCCGCUCGCUCCGAAGCUGCUCUGACGAUCGCUGGAUCGCCGGUAUCGACCCCAUCGAUCAGUGGACAAUCAUGGGCAACAUCACUCAUGUCGACCCCUCCGGCCCCUUCAGACUUUGACUGGAACCUUCUCAAUGGGAAUUACUAUAAGACUCUCCUCUCAUCCUGCCUUCCCCCGCCGGAAAAUCCACUCAAGAGUGGCUGGCGGAUCCUCUGUCUCGAUGGGGGAGGAAUCCGAGGCCUGUCGAUGCUCUACGUGGUGCGUGAGCUGAUGACGUCGAUCCAGACCCGUCUGCGACUUCACAAAGCACCCCUGCCAUGUGAAAUAUUCGAGAUGAUAUGUGGGAUUGGGACGGGUGGGAUCAUCGCCCUGUUGCUCGGCCGACUCCGGCUAGACAUCUCCGUUGCCAUCGAGGCUUAUCUGCAGAUCGUCAGACAAGUCUUUCGACAAUCCAAAGGGGUCAUUGCUGCUGUUAGGAAAAAGACUCGAUUCAGUGCCACCAAGCUAGAGGCGGUGAUCCGAGAGGUUGUCAAGCGGAUCUCGGGCCAGGAAGAGCUCUAUCUGGCUGAUCAGGAUACGCGUCCACUCUGUCGAACGUUCAUGCUUGCGAUGCGUCCCACAGAGGGCAAGGAGGAGCGGGGUUUAUUUAGUAAGUUGAGGUCCUAUGGCGAGCAACCGGCACACGGUGGCGGAUGUAGCAUCGCUCAAGCGGGGCGGGCAACCAGUGCCGCGCCACUGUUCUUCAAGGCGGCGAGAGUGGACGAGCUGGAGCUGGAAGCCGAGCCGGUCCCCCAGAGCGAGCUGAGUCUGAACAACCCAUCGAUGGAGGCCGUCAAGGAAGCCCAGACGCUCUGUCCAGGCCGACGGAUCGAGUGUCUUAUCUCCCUGGGCGCUGGCAAGGGUCUACACAACGGCUCGGGCUCGAUCGCACGCGCUUGUGCCGAAAUGGGAGAGUCGUCCGAACGGGUCGCCCGCGAAGUCGAGGCCAGAGCUGCACAGGAGGGAUGGUCGGCCAGCUACUUCAGGGCCUCUGUCAAGGGCCUGAAAAACGAGGAUAACCGAGGAGAGUGGGAGAACCCGGACUGGGUGAAGGCUGGGACGGUCAAGUAUCUGUUCAUUGAUGCGCGUAGCCAAUUCGACCGACACCUGGAUAAUUUGAUCAAUAGCUGGAAAUCUUCAUACGAGGAGGAGGUCCUUCGUCGGAUCCUGCUCGAUCAUGGUAAGGGCAGCAUCACUCCACGCAGCGCCUUCCUUCCCUCACGAAGCAACAACCUAGCCCCACGUGCCGACGACCUCCGUCGAUCGAUCUCGGCCGACCAUGCGGAAAUGCAAGCCCAAGCCUCCAGUCCUCUCGAGGGCACCUUCCGGAAAUUUAGAUCCUCCAACAAUUCCGCUGCCCCCGCGGUCCCUCCGCUUAGUCCUGCCUCUAACUCUCGUAUCCCUCCCUUCAUCUCCCAUUAUCCGGCUAGUCUUUAUGAAGGCGUCAGCAGGAAUAAGUUGCCUCAACCUACUCCUCCCCUGUCUUCCGACCCUCAUCUCUCCUCUUUUGAUCUCAAAUUGCCCGAAUUCAACUUCUCGAAAACUUAGUCUCCAUUGGUUUCCUGCUCUUCUCUCUCUCUCUCCCUUCCCCCCAUCAUGAGAUAUAAAUCCAUAUACUUCUCCUGAAAUACUUUUUUUGUUUAUUGUUCCUUUAUGUUUUUCUCUCUCUGUUUUUCAUUUUUUGAAUUUUCUCGUUUGCAGUGACGUUUUCUUAUAGAAGUUAAGAUCCCUUCUUUUUCAUCCGCUUUUCCUUCCUUGCUUCCCAUCCCUCAUCUUCUCAUUACCUCAUUCUCUCAUUCUCUCUCUCACUGUGUGUGUGUCUUUCUCUCAUCGCUUCAAUCCAUCCAUCUUUCUUUUUCUUUUUCUUUUUGGUUUGUCACAUUUCUUCAUGAAAAAGUUUUUUCUUUUUUCUUUUCUUUAUUAUUCGUUCAGUUGGUUAUAAUCAAAAAGAAAAAGAAAAGAAAUCAUCCUGUUUCUUCAUGUUACAAUAUUCACACAUUCUUCUACCAUCAUUAUGUCUACACACAAUGCAAUCACACAUAUCAUCUUUGUCUUA